CUUCCCCCCAUUCAUUUUCCCCCAUGGCAAUUUCCAAUUCACAAUUGUUCCCCAUCCCUCUUCCACUUCCGAUUUGCCCCUUUUUUCCCUCCAUCCCCACUCUCCAAGACAAUUUUCAAACCAAAGUUGCACUACCAUCCUUUACCCGCAAUCGACCAUUUCAUUCCCCCAUACAUAUUCUCUCAUCAAAUGGCAAUUUACCAAAUGCAGUUCUUUGUUUUUUCCAGUUCGUUCAUUAUUUUUUUGCGCCAUUUUACUUGAUCCUUUUAAAUAUGUGUAUUUCUUUGAAUAAAAAUCUUUCUUUCUAUACUUUCGACGACUAUGUUCUCUUUUUUUAUUGUAAUCUUUGCGUUUAUUGCGUGUUUGUAUUUUUUCGUGUCAAGGUUGCUUUCAAAUUUUGCUUAUUGUUUUUAUUUUUGUUGUGUGUCUUUUUAGUAAAUAUUGUCAAACUAAACUAAAAAUUAUUUAUUUUUGUCAAUUUAGUGGAUAAUGUACAAAUAUAGUCUUUAAAAUUAAUUCUUUUUUUGUUUUGUUGAGUUUUAUGUUUUUAUAUCAUAUUUACUUUGAAUAUUUAAUUGUAAUAGUUGAAAAUUAAGUCAAUGAUUAAAUUUUUUUAUAAUGUU